CAAAUCAUCAAUAUAAAACCCUAAUCCGUAAUCCCUCUCUCUCUCUCUCUCUCUCUCUCUCUCCAGUUCAAUCAAACUCGCCGAGUUGCCCGGUGAAGAAGGCGAAGCUUAUAGAGAGAGGAGCGAAGAUUCUGAAGCUUUUCGCAGGAAAUAGCAAUGGGGAAAGAGCUUCAGAAGCAGCAGCAGUCCUACACUGUCGAGCAGCUCGUCGCCUUCAAUCCUUACAACCCCGACAUCCUCCCCGAUCUCGAAAACUACGUCAACGAGCAGGUUUCAUCUCAAACCUACAGCCUCGAUGCAAAUCUUUGCCUUCUCCGCCAUUACCAGUUUGAGCCGGAGAGAAUGAGUACCCAAAUUGUUUCUCGCAUCCUAAUUAAGGCUCUCAUGGCGAUGCCAGCUCCAGAUUUCAGCCUUUGCCUCUUUUUGAUUCCAGAGAGAGUGCAAAUGGAAGAACCAUUCAAGACACUGAUUGUUCUCUCCAACUAUUUGGAGACAGGAAGAUUCUGUCAAUUCUGGGAUGAGGCUGCCAAGAGCCGUCACUUGCUCGAAGCCGUUCCAGGUUUUGAGCAAGCAAUCCAAGCUUAUGCUGUUCACGUACUUUCUCUGACUUACCAAAAGGUUCCGAGAGCUGUUCUUGCCGAGGCAAUCAACAUCGAAGGUCCAUCACUGGACAAGUUCAUUGAGCACCAGGUCGCGAACUCUGGUUGGGCUAUUGGCAAGGGACAGCUCAUUGUGAUAUCUCAGAACUUAUUCAAUCAUCCUGAGCUGAAGAAGAAUGGCGCUGAGAUUGUUCCGUUGGAGCACAUCACCCGGAUCUUCCCCAUUCUCAGCUAAUUUUCCCAAGUCAAAUGUGAAGUUGAGCUUCUAGAGGCUAAGUCCGACUUUGUGAUGCUCCAAAGUUGAGAAUUAUGUAUUCGUUUUUAUCUUGGACCGACUCAAUUAUAUAUCUGAACUUAGCUUGAAAUUGCACCAUUUUUGUGGGGUUUGAUAUUAUUUCA